UCGAGCGCCAUUUUGCUGAGCCGUUGUUCCAGUAAUACGGAGGCUUCGCAAAACACGCCUGCCAUCCACCACCGGAGAGAUAACCCAGCGUGCCCUUGGCGGGGGAAUAAAAACAGACAUUUACCCCGUGGUUCUGAAGGGCCAAGAAGACUGUAAAGCCCGGGAAGUGGACAAAAUCGGCAAAGUUUGGGGUGUUUUUGAAGAAGUCGAGCGGGAGUUGGUGAUGGCUUAGUGGUGGGUUACCUGAGUGACUGGCUUGUUUACACCUGGUCUGAGCUGACCCCCGGCUUACCUAUGCCUCCCCUGUACGGCACGUGACUCCCCCAGGGUGCUGCCAGGCCCGGUGGUUCUUCAUUAAGGUGGAAAGUCCUUUGUUCAGCGUCUGUAUGGUGGUCUUGUUGCCCCUGGUGACGGGGGUGGAGGUAACCAGCAGAGAUUGGGCGGAUAGCAAGCAAACACGCACUCAAGAUCCCUGUGUCUGGUAAGAACGGCUGCCCCGGGAGUCGUGACCGCAGCGGCAAACGGUCGAAUAAGACUACUGGAGGAGGGGCAGGAGGAGGAGCCCUCCCCGGCCCCCACACAGCCCCCCUCAACCACAGCCUCGCCCCCCUCCCGCCCUCACCACCGCCAUGAACCACAUCACACAGGAGGAGCCACCGCCGCCUUCCUCCGACAAGGACCUCCUCGAACUGAUGGACACGCAGGAGGAGGAAGUGUGUGAGGAUGCAGGCGGCGGCGAUGGAGGUGGUGGUGAGGAUAGAGGUGGAGGUGGAGACGGAAGAGGAGGAGGAGGAGGUGGAGGAGGAGGAGUACCAUUAGCAGAGGGAGGAGAGGAGGAGCAGAUGAAUGGAGACACACAGGAGGUUUCGUCCACCACCGCGAUUGAUAGUGAUGUAGAAGAGGAUGAUGCGCGCUCUGAGGCAACCUUCCAGUUCCACGUUAAGGACUUCAGCAAGCUCAAGGACACUCUCCUCUCGCCGCCCUGCUCAGUCCGCAGUCUGCCCUGGAAGAUCAUGGUGAUGCCGCGAACCAGCUCUGCACAGGACCGUUCUCAGAAGUGCCUUGGCUUCUUCCUGCAGUGCAACGGCCAGUCACAGUCAACCUCUUGGUCCUGUAAUGCCGUGGCCGACCUCAGGCUGCUGUCUGUCAAGGAGGGACAGGAGCCCUUCACCAGGAAAAUCCAGCAUUUGUUCUUCAGCAAAGAGAACGACUGGGGAUUUUCAAACUUCAUGGCCUGGAAUGAUGUCCUGGACCCUGAGAAAGGCUACAUAAAGGACGACAGCAUCACUCUGGAGGUGUGGGUCGCAGCUGAUGCUCCUCACGGUGUGUCUUGGGACAGCAAGCGUCACACAGGGUACGUGGGACUCAAAAACCAGGGUGCCACUUGCUACAUGAACUCACUCCUUCAAGUGCUGUACUUCACCAAUCAGCUCAGAAUGGCUGUGUACAAGAUGCCAACUGAGAGCGACGACACCACCAAGAGUGUGGCAUUGGCUCUGCAGCGAGUGUUCCAUGAGCUGCAGACCAGUGACCGGCCUGUUGGCACCAAGAAGCUCACCAAGUCCUUCGGCUGGGAGACACUGGACUCCUUCAUGCAGCACGAUGCCCAGGAGUUCCUUAGAGUGCUCCUGGACAAACUAGAAACCAAGAUGAAAGGGACGUGUGUGGAGGGCGUCAUUCCCAGGCUGUUUGAGGGCAAGACAGUGUCUUACUUCAAGUGUAAACAUGUUGACUACACUUCGUCCAGGACUGAGACCUUCUAUGACAUUCAGCUCAACAUCAAGGGCAAGAAAGACAUUUACGAGUCAUUCAAGGACUACAUCAGCGUGGAGACCCUGGAGGGGGACAACAAGUAUGAUGCCGGGGAACAUGGGCUGCAGGAGGCUGAGAAGGGCGUCAUCUUUCAGAGCUUUCCACCUGUGCUGCACCUCCACCUGAUGCGCUUUCAGUACGACCCUAUCACGGACUCCAAUGUCAAGAUUAACGACAGAUAUGAAUUUCCUGAGAAGCUAAACAUGGACCAGUUCUUACAGAAGCCAGACACCACCCCGGCCACCUACAUCCUCCAUGCAGUACUAGUGCACUCCGGCGACAACCACGGUGGCCACUAUGUUGUCUUCAUCAACCCUAAAGGAGAUGGACGGUGGUGUAAGUUUGACGACGAUGUGGUAUCGCGGUGUUCGAAGAUGGAGGCUAUUCACUACAAUUUCGGUGGGCAUGAGGACGACCUUAGCUUGACGGUGAAGCACUGCACCAACGCCUACAUGCUGGUGUACAUCCGGGAGUCCUGCCUGCGCACCAUCCUGCAGCCGGUGACAGAGAAGGACAUCCCACAGGAGCUCAUCGACCGCUUGUACGAGGAGAAGAGAGUCGAGUUGAUCAGGAGGAAGGAGAGAACAGAGGCACAUCUUUACAUGAGUGUCCAGGUCAUUUUGGAGGAUGCCUUCUUGGGUCACCAGGGGAAUGAUCUCUAUGACCCCGACAAGGCCAGAUAUCACAUGUUCCGGGUCAAGAAGAACGCCACACUGCAAGACUUCAUGGAGCAGGUUGCCGAGAGCCUUAAAUAUCCCAUUGAGCAGAUCAGACCGUGGCCGUUCAACCUGCGCACCAACAAGACCAACAGACCCACACUGCUGGACCUCAACACUGACAUACACAAGCCCAUUGUUGAUAUCAGCGAGAACAUCAACCCAUGGACAGUGUUCUUUGAGACGGUGGCUCCAGACUCUGGGCUCAAGAUGCUCACCUCCUUCGACAAGGAUUCCGAUGUGCUGCUCUUCUUUAAGUACUAUGACCCCAGACACAAGCGCCUUCACUAUUGUGGCCAUCACUACAUGAAUAUCUGCUUCAAUGUCCAGGAGGAGCUGGUGCCUCUCUUGAAUGAGCGGGCAGGACUCCCCCAAGGCACUGAGCUCGUGUUGUAUGAAGAAAUCAUGCCCAACCAAGCAGAGCGUCUGGCUGACCUUGACAGGCCUCUUGAAAAGGUGCUAGACGAACUGAUGGAUGGCGACAUCAUAGUGUUCCAGAGGGAGGACCUUCAUGAUGACCCCAGCCUUGAACUUCCGUCCUGUCGUGAUUACUUUAGGGAUCUCUUCUACAGGGUGGAGGUGACGUUCUGUGAUAAGAUGGUCCCCAAUGAUCCAGGGUUCACCAUGGAACUGUCCCAGCAAAUGAACUACGACCAGGUGUCUCGUGCUGUGGCCCACCACCUUGACACUGACCCUUACCUCCUCCAGUUUUUUAAGGCUCUCUGUCACCGCGAUGGAGUGGGUAAUGCUGUGAGGUGCACAUUUGAUGGCAGCCUUAAAGACAUGCUAGUGAUCACCAAGCCUCGUCACCCAAAGAAAAUCUACUACCAGCAGCUCAGCAUCAGAAUUAAUGAGCUGGAGAACAAGAGGCAGUUUAAGUGCAUGUGGUUGGGUGAGCGGAUGAAGGAGGAGGUGGAGCUGGUGCUGUACCCCAACAAGAAUGGCACAGUGGCUGACCUGCUGCAGGAGGUACAGAAGCAAGUAACCCUCUCUGAAAAUGGCGCCAGCAAGCUCAGGCUAGAGGAGAUCUCGUCGUACAGAAUACUGGGGACACUGCCAGAGUCGACCAGCCUGGAGAGGAUCACCAUGGGUGCCACCAAGACCUUCAGAGUGGAGGAGAUCCCAAGCGAUGAAAUUCCUGAAGGGGAUGAUGAGAUGCUGAUCCCGGUGGCGCAUUUCUACAAGGAGACAUACUCGACUUUUGGCAUGCCAUUCCUGUUCAAGGUGAAGCAAGGCGAGCCAUUCUCCCACGUCAAGGAAAGGCUGCAGAAGAGACUGGAGGUGCCUGAUAAGGAGUUUGAAAAGUACCGGUUUGCCAUUGUCUCCAUGUCCCGGCAAACCUUCCUCACCGACAGUGACGUUAUUAACCUACAAGACUUCAAGCCUCACUCCAACCAAGUGGCGUCCCUUGUCAAGCCCUGGCUGGGUCUGGAGCACCUUAACAAGGGUCCAAAACGUUCCCGGUACACUUACCUAGAAAAAGCCAUUAAAAUAUACAACUAGAAGAUCACCACCACUACCACCGCCGCCGCCGCCACCACCACGACCACCACCACCACCACCAUCACCACCACCGCCACCGCCACCACUUACUAUUACUACUACUGUAGCUAUGACCACCACGCUGCCAUUGCUGAGAGGCUAAGUGUGGGUGGUGACUCCUGGCCCUCCCCUCCUCCCUGUCCACUGCACCACACUCCCUCCCUGCCCCUGCCCCUUCCCCUGUCACUGAUCACCAGGGUUGUUGUCGGAGAGUGUGUGUCAUUUAGUUUAUUUAUUUUAUAGAGGAAACACUUUGUAGAUAUUUGUAACCUCUCUCUGCUCUUGCUCUUUUGUAUGCCUCUUUUGACCCUCUUGCCUCCCUUAAGAACUGUUAACAUUGGAUGCUAAUAAUGGGAUGGAUCUAUUCUGGUAUUUAUGUUUUUUUUCCAGACGAGAAGUAGAAAGAGCGAUGUGGAAGAACACCAGUAGCGAUAAACUGUUCUAGUGUAAUGUGUUGUUCCGUAAUGUUAAAAUGAUAAUGAUGAUAGUAACAAUAAUAAUAAUAAUAGUAAUGCAAUGAGGAGGAAUGACAUUAAUGAUGACAAGGAAUGCUUAUUAUGAUAAUUGUGAUGAAGAUGACAUCAGUAACUUAGUUUUAAUAUUUA